CAGGAGGGCGCUGAGCCGUCGGGGUGCCGCGCGGAGGAGACAGAUACAAUCUUUGCAACCUCACUGUCAUGAAGGUGGGGGAAGAGGUAGCCACAUCCCAUCUGCAGAUAAGAAAGGAGGUCUAAAGCCACAUCUGCACACACAGGAACCUGACUCAGUGCUUCUCUUUGGGGGCAUGGAAUAGUCACUAGAAGUCACACCGCUUGUUGACAGGUACCAGGCCCUGCUCUGAGCUCUGUAUGCACCUCAGCUCAUUGAAGCCUCUGGGGCAGAUGCUGUUAUAUUGCCUCCAUUUUACAGACGGGGAAAUUGAGAUACAGGUUUGACCCCAGACUGUCUGCUUCCCAAGUCAGUGAUUCAAUUCCAACCAGGACACUAGACUGCCCUCUGCAGACAUAAUUUGUACAUACGAAAACGAGGGUCAAGUCCGUUAAUGACGAUGCUCGGUGGUGUAGUUCUUUGGUUAAGUGCAGUUCACCCAGGCAGAUCACCGCAUCCUGCGAGCCUAGAGCUUUGAACUGUGGUGGGGGCUGUCAGCACUGAGUGCUUGUGUGUUAAGAGCAUGUGAUUUUAAGAACCUGAACCAUUUUUUUCAGAGAGAGGUUGUAUGCUUUCAGAGACGCAGUGGUUUGAGUAGAAAGAUAUGCUUUGAAAUUCUUUCAGGUCUCUUAGAUCCUUUUAUCUUUUCUCCUUCAGAAUGAAUUUGCUCUAAAAUCCUGUGUAAUACAUCCCUUUUCAGCCUUGCUUUACCUCCUUUUUCUCACUUAUGGUUUCCCAGUUGUGGCACCUGAUCUGUAUAUAAGAACUGCAAUACAGGAUUGGCGAGAUUAGUUAGUUGGCCUUACCCAUCUCUUGCCUAUGAUAGAUCUGGCUUUCCGGGUCUCUUUACGCUACCACAACUCUAGAGGGUCAUUUGCCUAGAUAUUAAAUUAAGUCUCCUGGACCCUUGAAAUGACUGGUCUGCACUAUUGAGGAAUUUGGAGCCCAGGAGGAGACCAGCUGAUUCCCAAGUUAAAUGAAUCAUUUCCUUUCUCACACUCAUGGUUGGCAGAACUAAGACAUCAGAUUUGCUCUUUAACUCAUUUGCAUCAGAAUUAUUCCUGAAACUUGACCUAUUGUCAUACAGUUUUCUUAGAUUAAAAUCCAUUUUAUGGGCAACUGGCUUCAGGGUCUGAAUGUUAUUUACCAAGUUAGGUACGUACAUAAUUUAGUAAAGUGGUUCUUUUUCUUUAAAAUCACCCUUGGCAUGAAAGCCAGUGAUCCCUGCAGGGUCCUCGCCACCUUGGGCGAGCAGCAAGAUUGAUCAGGGUUGGGAACUAUUGAAGUCCAGAAACCUUAGCUCUUCAGAGAUUCCUGGGCUGCUCUUUAUUUGGUGGAAGUUUGAUUUCAGAGGCCGUAGCUGAUGCUGCCAACCAGGAAGGUCUCUGGGCUCAGGUUUCUUCUCUGCAAAGUAAACCCUUUGGGCUAAAGGUUAUCUGAGGUCCCUUUUACUCUUCCCUGUCUGUAAACUUGAAUCCACACACCCUGUUGACACGGAGCCCUCAUUUUAUAAACAAGCGUCUGUAGAACAAUAUUCCUUAUCCUUUUGCAUCUAUUUCCAGUUGAUUACCAGUGCUGUAGUGAAACAAACACAGGGCAAUAAAUAUUGGUGUUUUCUUUUGCAGACUCCCUGGAAAGCACAACAGUGAUGGAGUACAUGAGCACUGGAAGUGACAAUAAAGAAGAAAUUGAUUUGUUAAUUAAACAUUUGAACGUGUCUGAUGUAAUAGAUAUUAUGGAAAAUCUUUACACGAGUGAAGAGCCGGCGGUUUAUGAACCCAGUCUAAUGACCAUGUGUCCAGAUGACAAUCAAAACGAGGAGCGUACGGAGUCCCUGCUGCUCAGUGGCAAGGAGGUGCCUUCGUUGUCGUCAGUCAGAUACGGGACAGUAGAGGAUUUGCUUGCCUUCGCCAACCAUAUAUCCAAUACUGCAAAGCGUUUUUAUGGACAUCGACCACAAGAAUCUGGAAUUUUAUUAAAUAUGGUGAUCACUCCCCAAAAUGGUCGCUAUCAAAUAGACUCAGAUGUGCUCCUCAUUCCUUGGAAGCUGACUUACAGGAAUAUUGGCUCCGAUUUCAUCCCUCGGGGGGCCUUUGGAAAAGUGUACUUAGCACAAGACAUAAAGACAAAGAAAAGAAUGGCAUGUAAACUGAUCCCAGUAGAUCAGUUUAAGCCAUCAGAUGUUGAAAUCCAGGCUUGCUUCCGACACGAGAACAUCGCUGAGUUAUACGGCGUGGUCCUGUGGGGUGAAACCGUCCAUCUCUUUAUGGAAGCAGGCGAGGGAGGGUCUGUUAUGGAGAAACUGGAGAGCUGUGGACCACUGAGAGAAUUUGAAAUUAUUUGGGUGACAAAGCAUGUUCUCAAGGGACUUGAUUUUUUACACUCAAAGAAAGUAAUUCACCACGAUAUUAAACCCAGCAACAUCGUUUUCAUGUCCACAAAGGCCGUUUUGGUGGAUUUUGGCCUAAGUGUUCAAAUGACUGAAGAUAUCUACUUUCCUAAGGACCUCCGGGGAACAGAGAUUUACAUGAGCCCAGAGGUGAUUCUGUGCAGGGGCCAUUCAACCAAAGCCGACAUCUACAGCCUGGGGGCCACCCUCAUCCAUAUGCAGACGGGCACCCCGCCCUGGGUGAAGCGCUAUCCCCGCUCAGCCUACCCCUCCUACCUGUACAUAAUCCACAAGCAAGCGCCUCCGUUAGAAGACAUUGCAGACAACUGCAGUCCUGGCAUGAGGGAGCUGAUAGAGGCGGCUGUGGAGAGGAACCCCAACCACCGCCCUGGGGCGGCAGACCUCCUGAAGCAUGAGGCCCUGAACCCCCCCAGGGAGGACCAGCCACGCUGUCAGAGUCUGGACUCCGCUCUCUUGGAGCAGAAGAGGCUGCUGAGUAGAAAGGAGUUGGAACUUCCUGAGAAUAUUGCUGAUUCUUCAAGCACAGGAAGCACCGAGGAAUCUGAGAUGCUAAAGAGGCAGCGUUCUCUCUACAUAGACCUCGGAGCCCUGGCUGGCUAUUUCAAUCUCGUUCGGGGUCCACCAACUCUAGAAUAUGGCUGAUUGAUGACAACGUUUGCUCCAAAUUAAGACCUAUCUGUCUUCUGGAAGCUGAUUCUGCAGACUGUAAACGAGACCUCUGUAUAGGGAAUUAUGUUGUUGAUUAGCUGGCAUCAUGGGCCUCAAUGACGCGUGAAUGUGAGCUCCAAGCAGCUCCUGAGCAUUUGAUUAUGAAGCUACACUGGUACAACACAUCAGGUCUAAAGGUUCUCAUUUCUCAGGUGGUGUAUCUCCAAGGAAGGAAGUUGAGAGUUCAUAGAAGGAUUGUUUUUGGUGACUGAUUUCCAUUCACUGUGCACUUUGCUUAAAAUUUUAAAAAUACCAAUCGCAAGGGUAAUAUAUUAGCUUAAAAUUACUAUUCUUGAUUUUAACUUAAGUAUGGGAUCUUCAUUUAAGUCAGAAUCAUUGUUUGGUGUACAUAUUAUCUGAUAACUCUUUGAGCCAUUGUUGGUAGACUCUAGUAUAAAUUGGAUUCAUUAUAUUCUGGGUAACUAGAACAACUUGAGUAUUUUAGCAAUAAGCUGAACUAGUGCCUUAAAAAUGGCUAACUGGUUAAAAGAGGAGCCCUCUGACGGCAUGCCACUUAUAACCAGUCCUGUUCUGUUCCUAUGGAAACAUUUUUGUAACUGUACAUGCUAUGCUUUAAACAUUUAAAACGACGUUUUGAAUGUGGAUAAAACUGUGAAAACCACAUAAUUUCUGUACAUCCCAAAGGAUGAGAAAGUGACCUUUAAGGAAAAUGGAAACUUUUGUAAAUACUGACUGAUACCUCUUUUGUAAUUUUAUGUCUCUACUUUCUUUUAAGCAUUUGUAUAUUAAAAUAGCAUACUGUGUAUGUUUUAUAUCAAAUGCUUUCAUGAAAUUCUCUUAUAUAUAUUUUAACAUUGUAAAGUAUAUGAGUACUCCUAUUUAAAGUAUGUUUUUACAUCAGGCAAAUAAACCAACAUUUUUGUCCAAUGUGAUUGGCUAA